AUAACCCUACUCUCUUUCUCUUUUCCCAUUCUUUCUAUCAUUCCCUCUCUCUCUCUCUCUCGGGAUCUGACCUCUUUCCAGUAACCUAUUCCCGAGGAGCACUGUCAAAUCUUGUCCAGUCUUUGGUCUUUCAAGGAUCUCUCUUUCUCUCUCUAGUCUUGUGGUGAAAGUGUCAAUUCAAACUCUUCUGAUAACAAGAACGACAGGAUCAUACAAUAGCCGAAACAUAAAGCUUUGUUAGAAGCUGUUCAAAAAGUUUCAGCUGGAUCAUCUUGUAUCUAGAAUUUCUUCAGGUAAAAGUUUUUGCUUUAAGAUCAUCCUUGAUCACCAUCUUCAUUAAUCACCUUGAUCAUCAUCAUAAUCAUCAUCAUCAUCUCAUCAUACUCAUCAUACUCAUCAAUGUUGCUGAUAUUACAAGCAAAGCAAAAAUAUUAUGUUAUCAUCGAUCAAGAAGACUAAAAGAUGAAUUCAUUUUCCCACGUUCCUCCGGGUUUUAGAUUUCACCCAACUGACGAAGAACUUGUAGACUACUACCUGAGGAAAAAAGUCGCAUCAAAGAGAAUAGAAAUCGAUUUCAUAAAAGACAUUGAUCUUUACAAGAUUGAGCCAUGGGAUCUUCAAGAGUUAUGCAAAAUUGGGCAUGAAGAGCAGAGUGAUUGGUACUUCUUUAGCCAUAAAGACAAGAAGUAUCCCACAGGGACUCGAACCAAUAGAGCGACAAAAGCAGGGUUUUGGAAAGCCACGGGAAGAGAUAAGGCUAUAUAUUUGAGGCAUAGUCUUAUUGGUAUGAGGAAAACACUUGUGUUUUACAAGGGAAGAGCCCCGAAUGGACAAAAGUCCGAUUGGAUCAUGCACGAAUACCGCUUAGAAACCGAUGAAAACGGAACUCCUCAGGAAGAAGGAUGGGUUGUGUGUAGGGUUUUCAAGAAGAGACUGGCUGCAGUUAGACGAAUGGGAGACUACGACUCAUCGCCUUCACAUUGGUACGACGAUCGACUUUCUUUUAUGGCCUCCGAGCUUGAGACGAAUGGUCAACGACGGAUUCUCCCCAAUCAUCAUCAUCAGCAACAGCACGAACACCAACAGCAUAUGCCAUAUGGACUCAAUGCAUCUGCCUACGCUCUCAACAACCCUAGCUUGCAAUGCAAGCAAGAGAUAGAACUACACUACAACCACAUGGUACAACAAAAUCAUCUUCUUGGUGAAUCUCAUUUAUCAUUCUUCCAACUUCCUCAGCUAGAAAGUCCUAAGAUUCAACAAGAUAACAGUAAUUGCAACUCUCUUCCUUACGGAACAAGCAACACCAAUAAUAACUCGAGCCAUAAUGCUAAUUUGCAGCAAUCAAAUAUCGCGCAUGAAGAACAACUAAAUCAAGGGGAUCAGAGCUUCAGCUCUCUAUACAUGAACAACGACAACGAGCAAGUGAUGGACCAAGUCACUGACUGGAGAGUUCUCGAUAAAUUUGUUGCUUCUCAGCUCAGCAACGAGGAGGCCGCCACAGCCUCUGCUUCUCUACAGAACAAUGCCAAGGAAACAAGCAAUGCUGAGUACCAAGUUGAUGAAGAAAAAGAUCCAAAAAGGGUUUCAGACAUGGGAGAAGAAUAUGCAGCUUCUACUUCUUCUAGUUGUCAGAUUGAUCUAUGGAAGUGAGCAGAAAGAAUAUUAUCUCAUAUAAAUGCAUAUAAAUAUAUAUAAUAUACGUACACACGAACACAGUACUAAUCAAGUGUAGAUGAUGAUGGUACAGAUUUAUGUUUGCUUUGAUUCUUACUACAUUAUUGAACUUAUUUUAUAUGCAUAUAAACAUUUCUUAUCUAUGCA